AUGAAGGAUCCUGGGGAGGAAGGGGGGAGUUUUGAGUGUUACAAUCCCUGGCGGAGUAACGAGGUGCAGGUGAGGUAUGGGCGCUCGGCACUGUCGCAGCCUGAAGACCAUACUCGGCCACUGGUGAAAGAGGCUGACGUGGAGGGGGGAGAGGUGCUCUACCUGGUUCAGCUACUGUGGCUAGUGAACGUCAGCAGUUGUGGCUGGAACGUCAGAUAUGACGAGUGGGUCAAAGCCGACAAGAUUGUACGUCCGGCCAAUAAGAAUGUUCAGAAGAUCAAGCAUCGCAAGAAAAUAAAGAACAAAGCGGAGAGAGACCGCCUGGAACAACUGAACGCAGACCUGGGGAGUCCAUCCCCCAUCAACCUACGUGUCCCUCGCCCCUCCUCCAAACUCCUCGGCCAUGGCUAUGGCUCAUGUCCCGGCUUGGCCCACGAGCGCCAUGUCUUCUCCAAGAUGGAGGACGCCUCAGAUAGUUCAACAGAUGACAUUGAUCACCAGGAUGAGGAGGGUGAUUGUGAAGACGAAGAUGACCGUCCACGGAGGCGCUGCGGUCUCAGAAAGGGGGUUACCCCAGAACAUCUCAGAAACGGGGUUCCGCCCGAACCACCUCACGCCUUAGACCACUGGGAGGGUGCCACCUUUACCGAUGUCCCCAAAACCCCAUUGGUCGCAGGAAAUGGCCAAGAACCAAUCAACAAAGAUGCCCUGGAGGCAGUGAAAUGGCGAAGCCAACCAGAGUUUGAGGGUGAAAGGGAGGGGCCGGGUAGUUCUGCCUCGAGGAAGAGGAAGUCAGAGGGAGCAACCGGGGAGUGGUCCGAACGCACCCCUAAAGGACCCCUGUCCAAAACCAAGCUCCCCACCCGGAGCAUCAGGAACGCUGACUGGCUGUCGAGAGACCCCCGGAAGGCCGAGGAGAGAGGCGGGCCAGCAGGAGGACCCUCUUCUAGUAGCAGCUCAGACGAUGAAGGAGGAGCACCACCUCCCACUGAUCCCAACCAAUCAGAGACCGACCGAGAGAGAGAGCGACCCAGUUCCUGUCCAAGACCCAAACCUUCCCUCUCCAGGAAGUACAACGGCAUGAAGGACAAGACCGACAAAGGAGGCGGGAGUGGCAGUGGCGCCCGCCCUGCAGGAUUCUGGGAUAUUCCUGAGAAGAGGGCCAAGAUGGCUGCUACAGCGGAUGAGAGGGAGAGGCAGGUGGGUGGGGGCCGCACCAAGGGCCAGAAGGAUGUGUGGUCCAGUAUUCAGGCCCAGUGGCCCAAGAAGACCCUGAAGGAGCUGUUCUCUGACUCCGACACAGAGGCUGCUAACUCCCCUCCUCCCCCUGGACCGGCCCAGUCCUUCUCAUCAGGCCUGGAUGAGAGUGAGAGCAAGGGGGAGCGGAACAGGGACGGAGACGAGGCAGGAGGCGGCCCGGAGAGGGAGGACCCCGAGACCUCAGAGGAGAACCAGGAGAAGGAGAGGAGGAGUGAGCAGGAGGAGUUCCCCUCCAGCGGCUCUAACUCAGUCCUCAACACCCCUCCUACAACCCCAGAGUCCCCCUCUAUGGAGGGUAUUAGUAGUGGGGCCAUUGCGCAAAGCUCUGGGACUGGUUCAAACUGGACUCAGCCCUCCUCUCCUCCCCCCUCCACAGGGGCCCCUGCACUGGGUAAAACCCCCUCUGACCCCCUGACUCCAGGAUGCCCCAACCCCCUGCCGGGUCACAGUGAGACAGAAAGCAGUACGGUGGAGGUGGAGAGUCUGAACCAGGACUUACCCCCAGUGUCUGCCAGUCACAAGCGUCAGAAUGAACAGCAGGCAGGAGGAGCAGCAAAGAAACCCAAGCCAAACAGGAAGAGCUCCGUGCCUCCCAAGAAGAACAACAGGAAAACUGCCCACAGCAGUGACAGUGAAGACCAGUUAGUGGGUGAGAGUAUGGCUAAGUCUUCAGCCUCCAAGACCCAUGGUGCAGCAGACAUGAAGGGGUCCAUCUCCCCCAAGUGUCUCGGCCAGGGACAGGUUGAGGGACACACCCCUCCAUCCAGCCAGAAGUACCACAAGGAGCAGCAGCAUGGGGACCCCGACCACCCUCACCACAGAGAGCACCAUGGCAGAACACCAUCCGUCUACAAGUGGAGCUUCCAGAUGUCGGACCUGGAGAAGAUGUGUAGUCUGGAGAGGAUCUCCUUCCUCCAGGAGAAGCUGCAGGACAUCAGGAACCACUACCUGUCUCUCAAGUCUGAGGUGGCGUCCAUCGACAGACGACGCAAACGCAUCAAGAAGAAAGAGAGAGAGAGUACAGUGGCUGCAUCUUCCUCCUGUCUCUCGUCCCGUCUCCAGCUCUCUAACACGCAGCGGUGA